CCAUAUAUCACAGGCAAUGGAUGAGUGAUGCGGGCACUUAACUCCUAGAUCCAGUGCAAAUCGGAGGUCUCACUGCAAGGAGGAAUCGCGUGGAUAUACAAUUUACCAGUGAACUGCAUCAACUAUUUUCUCUAAAGAUGGUCCAACUGCAACACAAGAGGACAGUUUGAUUUCUUGUACUUGAGGUUUUACCAGACGGGAGUCAGGAAAAGUGACAUCUUGGAGUAAAAAUCUCGGCCGGGAAUCAGGCGACGGGUGAGCGACAACUGCACAGCUGUGUACAGAGCGUUGAUGGGAGAGGUCUCGUUGGGUUUUUGUCUUUUCCUGUCAAGUGCUCACGUGGAGCAACUCAUAUAUUCCGACUGGGUGGGGCGGAUACUUAUAGGGAUAAAAACACUGAAGCGCAUCUCAACAGACGCCAGCUACUCACAAAUCACAACAGUGCCAGAGUGGAAGAUCCAACCAACAGUUCACCCCAUUUGCUAUCGCCUAUGGAAUGUGCGAGUCACCAUUUAAGAAAACAAGUACCCAUUUGAGCAGGAGUUGUCUUAUGCCAGAUGGGACAGGAAGAAUGCAAGGACAAGAGAAGUUUACUCGCCUGCUUGCGAUGGAUGGUACAGAUGGAUCAGUGUUGACAGCAGGCACUUGUGAUGUAGUAUAAACCAAUCAAGAGCUACCAAUUAGCAUUUCAAUAGGUGAGCGUACUUUGACCAGGCCUGUGUACUUAUCACUGACUGAUUGCUCCAGCCGUAAGAAAGGAUGAAGCUCACAAGGCUCUGCAUCUUUGAACCUCAAUGAACAUGGAGAAAUGAUCAAAGGAUAUCAAAGCCUACUUGAAUAAAAUCCCGGCAACGUGAGAGCGCAGCUUUGCCCCAGCUGGCUGAAAAUUCGAUACCUGUGAAUUCACGCACUUUGCCGCCAAAGCCAACAGUGUUGCCAGGGAUACGUGGAGUGCGUCGCCUGAUCAAACAUGUGCAAACACAGCCAAGUACAUGAUGGUGAUGUUCUUGGCUAAUGAUACCCUUCCCUCUCCAGCCGUUUCAAAUGAUCAGAAAGCCUGCACUGCGUGUUGUCAUCAUCCAGCACUCCCCUCACAGAAAUGGAAGGGACAGCGUUAACUGAAGCUAUGCUGAACGCGACGACGGAGCCUCUGGAUUCAAUCCCCGCUGGCUGGUACCCGGAAGUGGCCCGAGUCCUGCUGGUGACAACAUCAUUUCUGACCAUCGUGGCUAAUUUGCUGGUGCUGGUGGUAUUCCAGUACAUGAAGGCCCUGGAGAACAUGACCGGCGUCUUUGUGAAGUCACUAGCUGUGGCGGACCUGGGUGUCGGGGUGUGUGUCUUUGCGGCCAUUGAGUCCAAUUGGGCCAACAAUUUGCCAUAUGGCAUGUGGUCCUGCAAGCUCAUGGCGUACUUUAUGGCCACUAUGGUGGGCGGCUCCAUCCUUAGCCUGACCUGCGUCAGCAUCGACCGCUACAUCGCUGUCAUCAAGCCGCUCAAGUAUCGCUCCAUUGUGACCAAGCGGCGAGCCCGCAUCUACGCUGUAGCUGUCUGGAUCUUCGUGGCACUGCUCUUCCUCCCUGCGAUGUUCGGCUGGGGUGGCUACAUCUUUGAGGAGUACUCCGAUGACUGCAAACAACACUUCAACCAGAGCCUGUCCAUAUCCUUCUACAUCAUCUGCGUCCUGAUCUUGCCGGCGAUCCUCACCUCCGCAUUUUGCUACUUCCACAUCUGGCGGGCAUGCCUGGCUCAGACGCGCCAGAUAGAGCGGCUGGGGUCCCUCUUCCAUGAGGGUGAGCCUCAGCAGGACACCAGCAGCCGGCUCUAUGAGAAGAUGCUGGCCAAGAUCUUCCUGGUCGUCAUCAGUGCUUUCUACCUUUCCUGGAUCCCCUUCGUUGUCCAGAAGGCUGUGGAACUGGCCACAGACGUGGAGUUCCAUCCGGCCGUGAAUUUUUGCACGGCCUGGCUGGGCUUCUUAAACAGCUUCUUCAACUGCAUCAUCUACAUCAUCUGCCACCGCUCCUUCCGGGAGGGGCUCCACCUCCUCCUCAAGGCCAUCUGGCGGAGGGUCACCUCUCUCUGCAAAAUAUCCAAGGACCGGUGCUUUGCACAGAGCAGGGAACGCUCCCAGAGCCAGGUCAUGCAGCUGCGAGAAUUUUCAAUGACGGAUUGUUGAUUAAGCCAUGCUGGAGAGGGUCUGUCCAUACCGUGAGAACUGAGUCAGCUUUACCGUCACCAAACAGGAUGAUAUUCGCAUCGAAAAAAUUAAUAGAUAUGUUGGAAUUGUAAAUUUUUCUUUCAAGCCAAAGCUGAUUACGGGUAUGCAGAAAAGGAAGCUUGUAGUUGGUACUAAUUCGAGAGGUACGUCUGUACUGUAAACAAUCUCAAAGUACAUGUAUAAUCUACCAGAAUGUGGGAAAAUGCUUUACGAGUAGUGUAUUUAUGACUUUUAAUUUAAAGAUAAAUCUUCUCAGCUCAGUUAAACUGAACACCCUAAAAUGAAUCUUAUUCUGUAUAUAUGCCAACAACAAUGGGUACAGCAUUGUCUAAAUUGGAUCUAUAAUGCAGUGCAAUUCUCAAGCUGGGAAGACCAAAACACACUAAAGUACAUGUACAUGUAACUCCUUGGUCAAACGACCAUUUUUUGUAUCCGAAUCAAACGAAAAUACUGGAAGUCUCUACUCUCUCCGUACAGUUUAAAGUAUGCAGAGGGAUCCGCCUCAGAAUUUAUUGAACCAGAAAAAAAAGGAAAUAUACUGCUUGGUCAAGUACCUGAAAUCAGUUAAAGAAAAACACAGAAAGUGAAAGAUGAACAGCCCUUUUUUAUGUCUAAUCAAGGGGCGUAGAAUGGUUUGGUACACUGUACAUGUAAUUCACUUGAUUCAUCUAAAACUGAAAUAAAUGAAGUACGAGUGAGUGUACUUUUCAUGUAUAUAUUGGUUAAUACAUAUGAGAGUAACUUACAAUGUCAUUUCAAAAUGUGUAUUUGCAACACGGGUGGUUGGCACUGAAUUUACAGUGUACAAGUACUGUGUUGGGGAAAGCCAAGCUGUACAGUUUGAGAUUGUGGUUAUGUUGCUCACCAGAUCAGCACAAUUAAAUAAACAUGCCUCAGCCGGGAGAGCAGAACACUAUAUUAACUGGCGAUGUGUGGGAGUUGUAGAAGGCAAUAUUUCUCCCUAUUCACGUGGGCCACGUGAACGCACGCAGGUUAGGCGUACACUGAUUGGUG